UUUCGUCCAUUUUGUUACGAUUGACGUCAGUGCGGAGCAGGACCUCCGAGGGGAAAGCAGACCGUGAACCGGGUUGUUUCAUUAUUCCUCCGGACCGGUUUCUGUUUGUUAAAACAGCUUUUUUUACAGUUGCUGUUCGAUUCGUCUGGACCGAGUCAACUCCUCGCUGACAAACGCUAAAAUGGAGAUAGAGAAGGAAGUGAAGAAGAUGACCCUCGGGCAUGAGUUUGGUGCUGGAGCGGCCUGUUUGAAAUGCAAAGACAAGUGUGAGGGCUUCGAGCUGCAUUUCUGGAGGAAAAUUUGCCGAAACUGUAAAUGUGGACUCACAGAGCACAACGUGCAGAUGAACUCGGAGGAGAACAAGAAGGUAGGCAAGCUGUUUGAGGACACCAAGUACACCGGCCUCAUCGCCAAGCUGAAGAAGGACGGCAUCCCUAGCUACAAGGGAAACAUGAUGACCAUCAGUCUGCCGAGCCCUGCAACUGCCUACGUUGUACCACCAAGUGCCUCUUCCACUGUAGUGCCCCCCUCUGCCACAGCUGGUAAUGUACAGCCUGCAGGAGCUGCUUCAGGUACAGCACCCGAGGGCGCCAGCGCCGGCUCAGGUUCAGGUUCAGGUUCAGCCUGUGCAGGCAGCAUCACACCUACCAAGGCUAACAAAGUGCCAGUUGCUGUCAGCGCCACAGCUGCCAAUAUAGUUCCAGUCCCUAAAGAUGUGCCAAUGAAGUCUGUCACCUAUGAGUGGGCGCCACCAGUGGCCAAUAAAUAUGUGGCGGUGCGUUACAUUGAGCUGCUCCCACCAGAGAAACGUCCGGUGGCUGGUACAGAGGGCGCCGCUUACCGUCGGCAGCAGAUGGACCGCCAGCUGCCUGAACAUGACCAGGACCCAUCCAAGUGCCACGAGCUUAGCCCUGCUGAGGUCAAGCAAAUGCAGCAGUACGUCCGCAAGUACAAGGAUGAGGCCCUAGGAGUCGGAGAUGUUAUGCUGCCUGAAGAGAUGGCUCUGGUUUGGGCAGGACAUGGUGGAGCUGGUGCUGGUGGUGCACCUGGUGCUGCAGGAGCAGGGGUUGGACCUGGGGUUGGUACAUCGGGGGCUAGUGCUGGAGCUGGUGGCGGAGUGGGAGGGGCUGGAUUUAGACCAGGAGUUGGUGAUGCUGGGGUUGGGGCUGGGGCUGGGGCUGGUUCUGGCUUUGGACCUGAAGUAGGGGGUAGCAGAGUUGGAGCUGGGGUUGGACCUGGAGCUGGUUCUGGAGCAGGGGGCAUUAGAGCUGGAGCUGGAUCCGGUGGUGCUGGGGUUGGAGCUGGUGCUGGUUCUGGUUUUGUACCUGGAGCAGCAGGUAGUGGAGUUGGACCUGGUGGUGCUGGGAUUGGAGCUGGUUCUGGUUUUGGACCUGGAGCAGCAGGUAGCGGAGCUGGACCUGGUGGUAUUGGGCCACUUUCAGGUCCAGGGGCUGGACAGUUGGCUGGUUUUGGGCCAGCCGGAGGAGCUGGAGGAGCCAUGGGUACCACUGCCACUGCUGGAGCCAUGGGCAUCCCUGGAGCUCAGCAAGCUGGACUCCCACAGCAGAACUUUUCGUGCCAUCACUGCCAGCAGCCGAUGAAAAUGGGCGAGCCUGCUGUCUACGCUGAGCGGGCUGGUUACGACAAGAUGUGGCACCCAGCAUGUUUCGUGUGUUGUACCUGCACUGAACUACUGGUGGACAUGAUCUACUUCUGGAAGAAAGGCAAGCUUUACUGCGGACGCCACUAUGGAGACAGUGAGAAGCCACGCUGCGGAGGCUGUGAUGAGCUGAUCUUCAGUAAUGAGUACACUCAGGCUGAGGGUCAGAACUGGCAUCUGAAGCACUUCUGCUGCUUUGAGUGCGAUUGCAUCCUUGCUGGAGAGACGUAUGUCAUGGAGAAUGACAAGCCUGUCUGCAAGCCAUGCUACAUGAAGAACUACGCUGUGAAAUGCUCAUCCUGCCAGGGCGCAGUAGAGCCCGAAGCCCAGAGGGUUUCCUACGGUGAGCACCACUGGCACGCCGAGCCACAGUGCUUCAAGUGCUCCGGAUGCUCCAAGUGCCUGAUCGGCCAGCGUUUCAUGGCAGUGCAAAACUUCCUCUUCUGCUCUGUGGAGUGCAAAAAGAAAACCAUGGCUUAGAGGGCCAAAACAAGUCCCUCCACAACCACUUGUGAAACCAGGACAGACUGAGCUUAGACCAGAACCAGAGUAGGGAAAACAAACACUGGUGCAGCUGGAUCAGGGCAGAGAUCUUGCACUGUGGUUGUGUUAACAGGAACUCUGAGUGCCUGAUGCAUCUUAUAUUGAGAUGUACAAUAAUAGCCAGUUAAUUUGUGUUUGGGUGCUCUUAUCUUACUACCAAUGGUGAAACACAGUAUUGAUAAAUCUCAGCUAGACACCUGAAUGUCUGUCUUCUAGUUUGUUCUCUGCCUUAAAAUCUGCCGUCUUCUUUCAGUACUGUUCUUUUCUUACUGAUGAGAUUAAUUUUGUGUUUGUUGGACAUUGCAGUUAAGUUUGUUUUGUUUUUUUUUUGCUAACCUUAAACCUGUGUCUCACGGUAUUAGCGCUGUUAUUUUAGCUGUGAAUGUUGAUUUAAUGUGCCACCUUGUACUGCUUCCUUCAUACUACUGAUAUUCACUCUCCUCUAUGCAGCAGUAUGAUAAGCAAUAUUAACCAGGUUUGGCGUUGAUCUUUUUCCAGUACACUGUAUUCCAGAUCAAACUAAAAUCAAUAGUAUUAUUUGCAAUCAAAAUCAUUAUGCAGCAGUUUCAUUCUCUUUUUUUUGGCUACAGGCCCCCACCUACUGUAGUUGUUUAUUGUAUGUCGUCUAAGGAGGCGUAUUAGUAAUUUCAGUGCAUUUAGGAGAACAAAACAAUGUCAAACCUUCAAGUUUAUACCACCAGUUCCCAGUUAAAAAGUACACCUGUGUCAACUAUUGCUAUCUAGAGCCCUGGUAUUAAAUUGUGGUAUAUUGACAAGUAUAUGACUGAAUUUGUUCUAUUAGUGUCCUUCAUGUGUAUGGUAAGAAGAUCCACUGUAAAAUCAUAGAUGUGAUUAUUAAAAGCAAUAUAAAAAAUAAAUACAUUCAGUAUAAAUCAAAGGGGGAAAAGCUGAACAAACUAACAAUAGAGUGCAGAACAGAAUAUCUCCUUCUGUAUUGACUAAAGAAUUGGCAGAGAAAUUAACACAUGGAAGCAAGUUUUCAUCCAAGUCUACUUAGAUCAUCCACUGGGCUCCAGAUGGACAUAAACACUGUAAAGUUGUUGUAUAGGAAUGAUGGCAGAGAGAAUGAUGGCUCUUGCUGCAGUUACCAAGAACUUUAAUUCAGGAAAAAACACUGGAAAUUGCUUCACAUAAAACUGUUUUGUUUCAUUCUUUUGUUUUAUGUGCCAUGUACUUUCCUGUCCAAGCAAUAAACUGCACUUUAAAUGA